UGCCUUGGAUUUAGAAUCAAAUUCAAAAAGUGUCAAAUAAAAAUUAUGAAAAAAAUAUGUGGAAAAUAGAACUCGACACACAUGGCUAAAUGACUAAGUUAUACGAUACAUCAGAGAUAUCUUAUAAGGAUCCGCUAUCAUUCGAUAUACACCCUUGGAAGAAAGUAGCCUUUCAAGUUGCGUCUAGCAGCAUUUCAAGCAUCAUUGAGGUAUUCCUCAUGUUGCCGCUGGACGUCGUUAAGACCCGGUUGCAGCUGCAAAUGGUUAAAACAACGCAGGAGCCCACAUCCUAUAAGGGGUUUAUUGAUGCCCUCUUCAAGAUAUAUCGGCAAGAGGGCUUAGCCGCCUACUGGAGAGGCAUAGCACCAGUGAUGGUGUCCGAUACUCCCAAACGUGCCAUCAAAUUUCUAAUUUUCGAACAAUCGAAGCCGUACUUUCAAUUCGGGGCACCGCAACCGACUGCAUUGACUUAUGCGCUGGCUGGUGGAUUGGGAGGCACCACUGAGGUUCUGUUUCAGAAUCCCUUUGAGGUGAUCAAGGUCACCCAGCAGGCGAAUCGAAAGAAUCAGCUCAGCACAAUUCGCUUGGCUCGCCAUAUCAUCAAGAACGAUGGCUUUGGGCUGCGUGGUCUCUACAAGGGCGUUACCACAACCAUGGCCCGGAACUGCUUAUUUCAUAUCAUUUACUUCUCAUUCUUUUUCACGGUUCGCGAGGCCAUAGCACCCUCGCAGGAUUCGACUUGUGAGUUCCUACGAAAGUUUUCCAUCGCUUAUGCGGCUGGAGCAUUGGGUUGCAUAAGCAGCCUUCCCCUCGAUAUGGCAAAGACGCGAAUUCAGGGACCACAGCCGGUGGCUGGCGAGAUCAAAUACGCUUGGGCGUGGAAGACAAUUGCAACUGUGUAUAAGGAGGAGGGCUUCCAAGCCAUCUACAAGGGAAUGGUGCCGCAAAUACUGCGAGUGGGCCCAGGUGGUGCCAUUUUACUGCUGGGCUAUGAGUAUUUGUACGAUUUCUUAAUCACAAAUUUUAGCUGAUCUCGUUUUAUAAAUCAAUAAUCAAUAUUUGGACUCUA